UCCGUGCAUGUAGUGCGUUGAGCAACCGUCGUCGCUCCGCGAGUUUCACACAGUUACGCUCCUCGGCAAUAGUGUACGUAAAUAUCUGUAUAUAUAUAUAUAUGCAUGUACGUGAUAUUUUUCACGCAGAGCGCCGUCCCGUUGCAGUGCGCAUGCGCGCCGAAUAACCCACGUCGCAGUGGAGUGUGUGCGUGUGCGGUACAGUGUAGUUUGUCGCGUGCGUGUGCGUCCGUACGUCCGCCGCUGUGCUGCUCCGUAGUGUAUUGUUGUGCGUGUGUGAGCGCCGCGUAGCUUUUCGCGUGGUGGAAAGUGUAGUGUGCGCGCGCCCGCCACGUUGCCGCCGCCGCCGCCGCUUCGUCUACAGCACGUCCAGCCCGCCCGGCAACGUUGCAAUGUCACGCCGCUGAACGUCGUCGUGCGUUACAACGAUAUUGCGCCUAUACCUCAGCCUACGAUAUAUCGUAGUAUUACGGAUAAUAUAUCAUUGUACGGUUGAUAACAGAGAGUAACAGUCAUGAAAGAAGAAACACCUCGGACUCUGGUGAAAAGCCUGAACCCGCAUUUAGUAUGUGUCCUAUGCGCUGGCUACUAUAUCGACCCUACAACAAUUGUCGAGUGCCUUCAUUCAUUUUGCCGGUCCUGCAUUGUCAAGUACUUGGAGACGAGUCGUUUCUGUCCGAUAUGCGAUGUGCAACUGCACAAGACCCGGCCGCUGUUGAGCAUCAGACGGGACAAGAUAUUGGAACGACUUGUGUACAAAAUCGUUCCCGGGCUACAUGCCAAAGAGAUGGCCCGCAGAGCCUUACCGAACACUGAAUUGUAUCUAUCGCCGGACGACCUCAUCAGUCUCGUAUUGCAGUACCAUAUUGAAGACACAAGUUCUCAAACCGUAGAUAUUGAAGAGAACGAGACCAAUAAUGCAGUGACCCAAGAUUUAAAGGAUGCUCAUCAAAAAUUCCUCAAAUGUCCUGCUGCUGUUACUGUAGAACACCUAAAGAAGUUUUUAAUACUGAAAUAUAAUUUAACCGACCAACACCAGGUGGACAUUUUUCAUGCUUCUGAAAAUUUAUCCGAUGAUUUAUCUUUAAUAGACAUUGCAUACUGCUUCGAAUGGAAACAGACCGCACCGAUGGAAUUAUGUUUCCAAAUCCUAGAAAAGUCUACUAUUGCUGUUCCAAUUUCAGAAGAAGUAGAGUUGAUCGAAGAUGUCGAUAUGGACGAAGAUUCACACAGUGUAGCCUCUUCUUUACCAUUUAUGUCAUCUAAAAGUAUUUCUGAAAGUGGCGAUGAUUCAAACACAAGCUUGGAUUCAAAGCCUUUAUUUGAGAGACUGAAAUCAGAAAAGAUUUACCGAAAGAGAAAGCGAGAUCGCGUAAUCUCUGAUGAAGAACCAGAACCAAAAAAGAGCCUAUUUGACACUCUCCUACAAAGUACAACAAAUAAUAAUGAAAAUGAGGAUAAGGAUUUCCAAGAGUCAGAUGAAGAUUAUUCCAAGUAUGAACAAGAUAUUGAAGAGAUCAUCGAGGAAGAUGACGAUGAUGACAUCGGUCGUUUAAGAAUAUCGUCAAAUAUAUCUGAAGAUGAAGUAAAUAAUGACGAAACGACUAGUCAAAUGUUUGUUAUCGAUGAAGCUAUUGAGGAACUUCCUGAAGAAGAAAAAUUUGAAAAAGUAGUUAAAGAAAAGCAUUGGAAAUCAGAAGGACGAAACAAAAGAAAGAGUAAGAAAGCAAAACACCAUCAUCACCACAAACGAAGACUGUCACAAUCACCUCCUCCGUCAGCUACCAUCGUACAUUCACCUGAUAGAGAUAUAAUGAAGCUAAAGGUAAAACUAAACACAUUGCCAGGAUAUCGACACAAGGACGAUAAACAUCACAGGCAUAACAAACACUACAACGGUAGCGCUUCGUCAGCAUCCUCGAUUGUGUCAUCCCCAGGUAGAUCGUCGUACAAAGAAGACGACUCUGUACUCUCAGAACAAUCUUGCGACAGUGUUGCUUUACCCAAAAAAUCUCGGGAAGAAGUUAAAUUACCGGAAGAAAAGCAGAAUGUCGGGGAUGUUCGAAAAUCUCAAAUGUCUCGAUCUUCUUCACAGACCGUAGUCGAUUCUCCCAGGUGUGAGGCUGUGGCUAAGGAACCAUUGCAACAAGUUCGAGCUAUACGAACCAAACCAAAACCGGCCGUAGAACAACAAUCUAACGCCGAACCAUCACACAAAAUGAUCAUAAUGCCUCCGUCGUCGAUCACGGUCAGCAUUAUAACAGCUGAAGAAAAGUUAAAGAUGGAAAAGGACAAGACGCUCAUGUUAACAGGUAACCAUGACUAUGAAAACAAACGACCAUCGUUGGAAAUUGUUCGUGUCAAUGGUCCUCCUACUACUCCUCCAAUAACCGUCGAAGUUCCCAAAUCCAGCCCCAAGCCCAAAGAACAGCACGAAGAACAACCAGCACCACUUAGACCAAAGACCAAGAAACCAGUGCCCGCGGUUAUUCCCAUAAAAUCUGCCAAACCGUCGAUAACCAUUAUACCGCAAAAUCGAAGUCCUAGCAACAACAACAACAUUAACAGCAACGGGAACAGCAACGGUACCAAAGUCGAAGAAAUUAAGACAAGCGUGACGAUCUCGUUGGAAAACGGAUCUCAUAACGACUCGGCGUUAGAUUUGUCCGGAAAAUCGUCCAGGAAAGAUGGUGGACCACAGUAUACCACAGUCAACAAAAACAAUAACAACAAUAACACCAACAACAACAAGGGUAUAUCGUCCUCACACGCAAACGGUGGUGGAGGCCAAUACGAGCCUCCUAGCAUGCGGAACUUGAUGACACUUUCGGACACCGCAGUACACAUUAGAAACAUGAUGUCCAAUUCAUCGCCGUCGCCGUCUAGUAAAGAACAGCAGAUGCAGCAGCAGCAGCAGCAGCAGCAGCAACAGGACGCGAAAAAACGGUACAACAAUUACCACCACAACAACAACAACAACAACAACCACGGCGGAAACGGAUCGUGUUCGCCGAAACGUCACAACGGAAAUGUACCGCUCCGGAUUCCCGUACCACCGACUUCCGGUUCGUUCGCCAAGGCGUCCGUCGCUGCCGCCUCUCAGAACAAACCUUUAAAAUCGUCGGUGGCGUCUCGCGCUUCCGACACGAAACCCAAACACGGGCCUCCUAACCAGGCCGUCCGACACAUUCCUAACCCGUCGGUGCUGUUGUUCCGGCACCACCAACAGCAUUUGGCGCAGUUUGCGGCCGCCGCGGCCAAUGCCGCAGCCGUAAAUAACAACAACAACAACAACAACAAGAGACCAAACCCACCGAUGCCAACAGCAUCCCGGAUACCACCGCACCCAAUGCCGGCCGCCAUACCAUUACACACCAUCAGGAAAAUGGAAAAUCUGACCAAGAACAUCGAGAAGGUCGCCGCUGGGCUUUCGGUCAAGGCCAACGCGCUUUACAAGCAAAAUUUCAUCGAGAACGGCGGACGCGCACGCUUAGAACUCCCGAGUUGAAGUACUAUAAAUGCUACUACGUUCAGUGGCAGUACCACCUACCGGUGAAUUAUUAGUUUUAUUAUUAAAUUACUAUUAUCUAUUAUUAUUUUUAUUAUGAUAUCUUAAGUCUAUUGUAAACAAACUAUGUUUUUUUUCAUUGUCGGGCUAGACUGACGAUGCGCCGGGCAAAUUGCAAUAUCCAUUGAUGUUUACUAUUUAUUUAUUUAUUUAUUUAUUAUUAUAUAAUCCACCGCGUUGUUGGAGACGACCCGCUUUAUUAAUAAGAGGAUGGUACAAAUGUUUAAAUAAUAUUUUAUCGGUGGGAGGAGGGAGGGUGACCUCUUAUAUUAUUGUAAAUUUAAAAAUGUAUAAUAUACUUUAUUGAGGUUUUAUUAUUUAAUUGUUAGAUGUAGACUGAUUGUAAUUAAGAACAUUUUUUAUGUUGAUAAACACAUAAAAUAAC